UAUAGGUUAACCCUGGUGAAACUGUAGCUUUGGUUGGACAUUCAGGAUGUGGAAAAUCGACGAUCAUCAGCUUACUUCUCCGAUUCUAUGAGCAAAGUGCAGGAAUGGUAGCCCUCGAUGGUAUUCCACUGCGAGACUACAAUGUCAUGUGGUGGCGUUCAGUACUUGGUGUUGUACAACAAGAACCAGUGAUAUUUUGUGCCACGGUCGCUGAAAAUGUGCGAAUGGGUGAUGACAGCCUAACUGAUGAGGAUGUUGAAGAGGCUUGUAAACUCGCGAAUGCUUUAGGCUUCAUCAAUAAAUUAAGUGAGGGAUUCAACACUGUGAUCGGUGAGGGAGCUGUUCAGCUAUCAGGAGGUCAGAAGCAACGAAUCGCCAUUGCAAGAGCCUUGGUUAGAAACCCUCAAAUAUUGCUUCUGGAUGAAGCGACUAGUGCUUUGGACACGGAAAGUGAACGCGCUGUACAAGAAGCGCUUGACAAGGCUCGCGAAAAUCGGACUACUCUAUGCAUAGCUCAUCGCCUUUCGACCAUCAGGGACUCUGACAAAAUUAUUGUAUUUGACGAGGGACACAUUGUCGAACAAGGCACGCAUGAUGAACUGAUGUCAAUUGAGGAUGGUGUGUAUCGUAGCAUGGUGAAAGCGCAAGCAAUCGAAAAAGGGGAAGAAGACACUACCCUCGAUGACGUGGAUCCGACAGAAAUUCGACGGGGAGUCUCUCGUGCAGUAUCGGAAGAUGACAGUCAGAAUCGUGCAGAACGAGCCAGAGAGUCAGCCAGACUUCGUCAAAGCAUGGUCAGCGCAUCGACACAAGAACCUGAAUGGGAAAUCGAAAGCGCUCGUGACAACUUGAUCGAAGAAGGCGGAAUGGAAGCUUCUCUGCUCGACAUUCUAUGCUAUGCCAAACCGGAACUUCCAAUGGCCGGAAUUGCCCUGAUUUUCGCAUUGAUACGUGGACUCACAUGGCCGCUAUUUUCCAUUGUCUACGGCAAAUUGUUUCUGUUGUUCUCUAACCCGGAUCCGAAUGCCCUAGCCAAUGGUACCAUAUUUAACUCGAUCUGUUUCCUGUUACUCGGCAUAGGAUCCGGGAUCACUGCAUUCGCAUCUGGGUCGUUAUUCGGCAUCACUGGCGAAAAGGUUGCAAUGCGGUUACGAAUGGAUGUUUUCAAGGCCAUUGAUCAACGACUCGCAGAAGUGCUACAAGGUGUUUGUGCCCUGGUUGCUGGUAUCGCAGUUGCAUUUUCGUUUGGUUGGAAUGUUGCUCCGAUUGGUCUGGCAACGGCCCUGAUGUUAGUGGUAAUUCAAUCAUCUGUCGCUCAGUAUUUGAAAUUCAGAGGGCAAAAGGAUAUGGAUUCAGCUGUUGAAGCCAGUCAGGUAGCGACCGAAUCUAUUUCGAACACUCGAACGAUUCAGGCACUCUGUAAAGAGGGCUACAUGUACGAAGCAUACUGUGCUGCAGCACAGGAACCGCAUCGAAGAGCUCUUGUACGAGGCUUAUGGCAGGCGCUUUCGCUAGCGUUGUCGAACAGUUUCGUUGUGGUCAACUUUGCCAUUGCCUACGCUUUUGGUCUAUGGCUUAUACGAAAUGGAUGGAGCACGCCUUUCAUUGUUUUCCAAGUGAUAGAGGCGUUGAACAUGGCGUCAAUGACUGUAAUGAUGGCUGCCUCCUAUUUCCCUGAGUACAUAAGAGCUCGAAUCUCGGCUGGUGUCAUGUUCACGAUGAUGCGACAACGACCGAAAAUCGACAACAUGAGCCAUCAAGGAGAAAAACCAGCGCUCAAAGGAGAUGUAGCACUGAGAAACGUUUAUUUCUCAUAUCCGGCACGACGUCGCCAACUUGUACUUCAAGGCAUGAACCUGAGCGUCCGACAUGGGCAGACGGUGGCACUAGUGGGAGCCAGCGGUUGCGGAAAGAGCACUGUGAUACAGCUUGUGGAGCGAUACUACGAUGCUUUGUGUGGCACUGUGAGUAUUGACACAUAUGAUAUACGCGACCUCUCCAUUCGCUAUGUCCGGGACAAUAUGGCUUUGGUUGGACAAGAGCCGACUCUCUUCAAUUGUUCUCAAGAGGAAAUAGUACAUGCAGCACGUCUCGCAAAUAUUCACGAUUUCAUAGCUAGCCUUCCAGAGGAGUACAAUACGGUCGUCGGAGCAAAAGGUGGGUUACUGUCUGGAGGUCAGAAGCAGCGCAUAGCCAUUGCUCGUGCUAUAGUCAGAGAUCCAAAGAUAUUGCUUCUCGACGAAGCUACUAGUGCGCUUGACACAGAAAGUGAGAAGGUGGUACAAGAAGCCCUAGAUCGAGCACGACUGGGACGAACUUGUUUAGUUAUAGCUCAUCGAUUAUCUACUAUACAGAACGCUGAUCAUAUUGUUGUAUGUCGUGAUGGACGAGUAGCCGAACAUGGAACGCAUCAGUCGCUUCUGUCUCGGAAAGGAAUCUACUAUAAACUCGUCGAACGACAAAAUCGUUGA